AUGAAGGACGAGGCAUAUUCCACUGCCAUGAAAACGCUUUGUCAAGCUGAGAAAGCUCUACACGACACCAUCAGGGAAGCCUAUGAAGCGGAAUGGCCAGAACGGGAGCAGUUGACUGCUAUCAUUGAUAACCUCGAAAUCCAGUCAAAUGAAAUGGAGAAGGUGCUAUGUGAAGACCUCCCGCUAGCCGUUUCCAACUACGUUUCACAGUUCCCCGAAUUGAAGAAAAAGGUUGACAAGAGAGGAAGGAAGCUUGUUGACUAUGACCAUGCAAAGCACAACUACAGUUCUGCCAAAGCUUCAAGUAAAAAGGGUGAAACAGAUCCAAAAGUGGCCAAAGCUUACACUGAGCUACAACAAGCAGAGACCCUUUAUAAAGAGAUAAAUAACGAGUUGUUAGAGAUACUCCCAGCGACAUAUGAUAGUCGUAUCACAUUUUAUGUUGACACGUUGCAAUCUUUAUUCAAUUCACAAAGCAUAUAUCAAGCAGAAUGUUGUAAGCUUAACAAACAAAUUGUUACCCAAUUGGACCGCCUUGGUGAAUCCAUGGAUUCCCUUCGAGUUCCACGACCAGAGCCGCGACCCUCCACUCCUACUGAUAGCGUAACAGAUAUGGGUUCUCAUAGAUCUACUCCAUCUCCUGCUCCAGCUCCUCCACCAGCAACUCCAGCGUCGUUAGCUGAUUCAGCUUCUGGUCAAGUAGCACCUGCUAGCAAUCCGUUUGAUGAAGAUAACGUAGAGGAAACGUUUGAGAACAAGAUAUAUCCGAAACUGGCUGCUGCACCUCCUCGAGCUGAAAGAUCCGAAAAGGAUAAUGGCAAAAUCGAAAAGGAGACACUGAGAAAAGAGAAAGAUACGAAAAAUCCAUUCGAGGAAGAUACGGAUGAGGAGCACCCAACAGUGCCCGAAGAGGCUCCGCCUACAGAGCAUGCAUUAGAAGGAGUGACUAAGGAGGCACGUAAGGUGCUCUAUCUUGUGAAAGCUACUCAUGAAUACAAGGCCGUGGACACAGACGAGUUAUCCUUUUCUCCUGGCGAAACAUUAAAGGUUUUGGAGUCAAAACCGGAAGAUCAGGUCGAUGAAGGAUGGCAGUUGGGUGAGAAAUCAGACGGUACUCGUGGAGUGUUCCCAGAAAACUUCACAAGAAAACUCGAGUGA